CCUUCCGCCCGGCGCCGGCUGUCGGCGUGACGGUCGCAGCGUUUCCGCGUCCCGUGGCCCCUGCGGCGCCCGAGCCCGCAAUGUCGGGCCCCAACGGGGACCUGGGCAUACCGAUGGAAGCGGGCGCGGAAGGCGAGGAUGACGGCUUCGGGGAAGCAGAAUAUGCGGCCAUCAACUCCAUGUUGGACCAGAUCAACUCCUGUCUGGACCACCUGGAAGAGAAGAAUGACCACCUCCACGCCCGCCUCCAGGAGCUGCUUGAGUCCAACCGGCAGACCCGCCUUGAGUUCCAGCAGCAGCUGGGGGAGGCCCCCAGUGAUGCCAGCCCCUAGGCUCCCGGAUACCCAACCAAGCCCGAACCCUGCCUCCCCGAGCCAGGCUCUAGCCUGGGCACUCACCACCUGACUUAAACACCUUUCCAAGGGCUGGCCCACAGACCCCCGGUGGCCCUGCCGCCUGAGCCACUCGUCAGGUACUCCCCUUGGUGUGUCUGGGUCAACCCCCACCACCCAACCCCCUUCCUGGGGUCAGGUGUGGGCCUGCAACCCACCUUGCCUGCCUGCCCAGUUCCUGGGUACUCUCCACUCUGCCUAGGCCUUGAAUGUCCACAUUAAACGGGUCUCCAACACCA